AUGCCCAUGCCCGUCGCGUUGAAUGCGCCCGAGAGAAUGGCGUUGGCUCCCAUCAACGUCAAUGUGUCAUCGCCCCUUCAAAACAGAAAAAUCGGCCCCGCCGGCCGCAACUGCUCGUUCCCGUUGACUCCGUCCGGGACGCCGCGUCCGUUUUUGACCAAGUCCGCGUCUGUUCUCGUCAAGUCCGAGUCGUCGGCCGACAGCUCCAGGUUCGGAAACCUUGCAGGGUACAAAAUCACCAACAGAAACAUUAAGGCGGACUUGGCUGCCACGAAGUUGAAGCUCCGCUUACAAUUGGCGUUCUACAAGCUCAAGCAGCAGAAGGAGGCGUCCGUAGCAUCCACCCCCGACAUCCACCAUUCAACUGCACCCCUCAAAAGCGCAACGAGUCGCAUGAGCGCAGGCCGUUUCCCGCUGUUGAACACCGUGGCCACGCUGAAAGCCGCCACUGGCGCCAUGCGCUUGUACCACAUCAAGAAUCUGUCUCUGUUCUAUAACUCGCACUCUGGCCUGCUUCCUCUCCGCAACAAAACAACGUGUAAACUCCCCUCGGUGCAUAAAAUCUUGAAGACUCCAAUCAAGGCCGCCGCCAGACGUCAUGCCGCGCAGGGAACCUCCAAUAGCGACGAGACCAUCGACGAGACCGCGGACGACACCAUGGCCGAGGGCUCCUUGCACACCGGCAACCGCAGCCGCAAAAACGACGACAUCUUGAGCCUGUCGCCCAUUAGACACAGCGGUUUUGGCACACCCAACAGCUUUUUGGUUGCUAAGUCGUUGUUGCUGCUUGGUCUGGCCCGCUACUAG